CCCAGUUCCGAGCCGGCUCGCUGGCGAAACAGGGUGGAGAAACCACAAACUCCAGAAGGCCUUACGUCCACUCUUCUCCCUCCCCUCCAAGAGUCGGAGUGCUGUUUUUGUUGUCGGUGGAAGGUGAGGGAACAGCUGAUCCGUGUGUGGGGAGGGCAGGUAUCUCGAGGGCAGAAUGGAAGACUCAUCACUAAGCCGGGCACCUUCCCGAGGUGGAGUCAACUUUCUGAACGUAGCCCGUACCUACAUCCCCAACACCAAGGUGGAAUGUCACUAUACCCUUCCCCCAGGCACCGUGCCCAGUGCCAGCGACUGGAUUGGCAUCUUCAAGGUGGAGGCUGCUUGUGUUCGGGAUUACCAUACGUUUGUAUGGUCUUCGGUGCCUGAAAGUGUGGCUGAUGGCUCCCCUGUCCACGCCAGCGUCCAGUUCCAAGCCAGCUACCUGCCCAAACCUGGAGCCCAGCUCUACCAGUUCCGAUAUGUGAACCGCCAGGGCCGGGUGUGUGGGCAGAGCCCCCCUUUCCAGUUCCGAGAGCCAAGGCCCAUGGAUGAACUGGUGACCCUGGAGGAGACUGAUGGUGGCUCUGACAUCCUGCUGGUUGUCCCCAAGGCCACUGUGCUGCAGAACCAGCUGGACGAGAGCCAGCAAGAGAGGAAUGACCUGAUGCAGCUGAAGCUGCAGCUGGAGGGACAGGUGACAGAGCUGAGGAAUCAAGUACAGGAUCUCGAGACGGCUCUGGCGACCGCCAGGCAGGAGCACGCGGAGCUGGCGGAGCAGUACAAGGGGCUUUCCCGGUCCCACGGGGAGCUCAUAGAAGAGAGGGACAUCCUGAGCCGGCAACAGGGAGACCAUGUGGCACGCAUCCUGGAGCUGGAAGAUGACAUCCAGACCAUCAGUGAGAAAGUGCUGACAAAGGAGGUGGAGCUGGACAGGGUGAGAGACACAGUGAAGGCCCUGACUCGGGAACAAGAGAAGCUCCUGGGGCAGCUGAAAGAAGCUCAAGCAGACAAGGAGCAAAGCGAGGCUGAGCUCCAAAUGGCACAACAAGAAAACCAUCGCUUAAAUUUGGAGCUGCAGGAAGCGAAGGGCCGGCAGGAGGAACAGGGUGCUCAGGCCCAGCGACUGAAGGACAAGGUGGCUCAGAUGAAGGACACCCUAGGCCAGGCCCAGCAGCGUGUGGCUGAGCUGGAGCCCCUGAGGGAGCAGCUUCGAGGAGCCCAGGAGCUUGCCGCCUCGAGCCAGCAGAAGGCCGCCCUUCUGGGGGAGGAGCUGGCCAGCGCAGCGGGAGCCAGGGACCGCACCAUGGCCGAGCUCCACCGCAGCCGCCUGGAAGUGGCGGGAGUCAAUGGCAGGCUGGCUGAGCUCAGCCUGCACCUGAAGGAGGAGAAAAGCCAGUGGAGCAAGGAGCGGGCAGGGCUGCUGCAGAGCGUGGAGGCAGAGAAAGACAAGAUCCUGAAGCUGAGUGCAGAGAUCCUUCGACUGGAAAAGGCAGUUCAGGAGGAGAAGACCCAGAACCAAGUGUUCAAGACUGAACUGGCCCGGGAAAAGGAUUCUAGCCUGGUGCAGCUGUCAGAGAGCAAGCGGGAACUGACAGAGCUGCGGUCAGCACUGCGUGUGCUCCAGAAGGAAAAGGAACAGUUGCAGGAAGAGAAGCAGGAGCUGCUGGAGUACAUGAGAAAGCUGGAGGCCCGCCUGGAGAAGGUGGCAGACGAGAAGUGGAGUGAGGGCGCCGCCACAGAGGACGAGGAGGCGGCUGCGGGGCUGAGCUGCCCAGCGGCUCUGACAGACUCAGAGGAUGAGUCCCCAGAAGACAUGAGGCCCCCUCCCUAUGGCCUGUGUGAGCGUGGAGAUGCAGGCUCCUCUCCUGCUGGGCCCCGAGAGGCUUCUCCCUUGGUUGUCAUCAGCCAGCCGGCUCCCAUUGCCCCCCACCUCUCAGGGCCAGCUGAGGACAGUAGCUCUGACUCGGAGGCCGAAGAUGAGAAGUCAGUGCUCAUGGCAGCUGUUCAGAGUGGGGGUGAGGAGGCCAAUUUGCUGCUUCCUGAGCUGGGCAGUGCCUUCUAUGACAUGGCCAGCUCCCUCUUCUUGGCCCUAGCCAUGGUUGACACAGAGAAUCACCUACCACUCCAAAUCCCAGGUGCCUUCAGUGGCUUUGCGGUGGGUCCCUUGUCAGAGGCUAGCACUGGGGGCCCUGCCACCCCACCGUGGAAGGAGUGCCCCAUCUGUAAGGAGCACUUCCCAGCCGAGAGUGAGAAGGAUGCCCUGGAGGACCACAUGGAUGGACACUUCUUCCUCAGCACCCAGGACCCCUUUACCUUUGAGUGAUGUCACCCCCCCCGCCCCAGGACAUGCCCAGGUACAUGCACACACGCACACACGCACAGACAUACACUUACGGCUCAUGCCUCUUCUGCCACACUGAGUUCCGUGAUAUUCGGUUCCCUAAGAACCACUCCCUGAACCAUGUUCAUCCCCAGCUCUCGCCUUCGUCCUCUUCCCGCCUGGCUCUUUUGUCCAGGCAGGGCCCUUCUGGGAAGCGGUGGCUGAUUUUACCUCCUGAAAGCGGUUGUGGAGGAACCAGGCUGGAGGAGACCUUCCCCAGGGGAACAGGAUCACCCCCUCCUGGCCUGGUUGCUCCUGUCACUGACACCGGCCACCGCACCAGCACCACGCACACACGCACUCACACACACACACACACACACACACACUCACAUGUACUCUCUGCUGCCCCAAAGCCAGUUCCUGGGGCGCCCCGCCCCCUCCCAUUCGGGGUCUGUGUCGGUUUACCUGAGUUUUCUGGGGCCUGUGUCGAGGCGGCGGCAUGAACAUCGUGGCCUCUUCGGCUCUUUCAGCUCUGAGCUUCAGUGGUUCUUUCUGCCCCCCCCCCACCCCCACGGCCUUCUGCACCCACCCCAGCCUUUUCCACACCGUUAGGUAACAAGUUUGGAGGUUUCUUUUGUAUUUUUGAGGUUUUCUGUACUCGAUCUCCUGCCCCUCCCUGCCAACCCUCCCGCAGUGUCCUCACAUGGAAAGAAAUAAUGCAUUUGUGCCUUCUGUGAGGGAUGGGGGAACAGAUGGUCCCAAGUGUCCCCAUUUCUCACCCCUUCCUCCCUCUCUAGGUUUCCCCACAGCAAUAAGAGCUCUCCCUCAUUAUCCCUCCUUCAAUCUGUAGUUUGGACAAAUAUAUUUAUAUGAUAUGUAUAACGAUUCUAAUAAAAUGUGUUCUUAUCA